AUGGGUCUCAGAGAAAAGCUUGAGUUCCCACAGCGCAAGGCUGUAGCUGGUGGGGCCAUCAAGCAGUUGGAGGUCAAGCCGCCCAGCCCAAAGACGGCCGAAGAGCGGAAAUUGAUGGUCCAAGCACUCAAAAGCAAUCAGAACCUGUCAAGCUGUGUAUCACUUACAGAUAAGCAAAUCGCCGUGCUGGUCGAUGCUGCCUGGAAAGAGAAAGUUUCCAUUGGAAAGGAACUCAUACAGGAGGGUGAUCUCAGCGCUGAUUAUUUUUACAUUGUUCAGAGCGGAAAGUUUUCCAUUUCCAUGGGGCAGAAUGAGACCCAAGCGAAGAGCGCCAACGCGGCGCAGGCGGCGGCGCAGAAUUUGGGGCUAGUGUCGGCUGGCGGCAGCUUUGGGGAGCUGGCGUUGCUGUAUUUCGCACCGCGAGCUGCCUCGGUUCGAGCAGUCCAGGACUCGGUGGUCUGGGUCAUCGACAGGAAGACCUUCAAGGACACACUGGCAAAGUCGGCGGAUGACAUUGUCAAGGAGUAUAUUUCAUACCUGGAUAAGGUUCAGGUGCUCGCGAAGCUGAAGCAAGACGAAAAAGAAGCAGUAGCGAAAGCCCUGACAGAGAUGUCGUUUUCAAAAAACGAGGAUGUCUUUCAGCAGGGCGAGGCAGGCGACGCAUUCUACAUCUUGGUCGAGGGCGAGGUGGCGGUCAUAAAGGAUGGCAUCGAACAAACUCGCCUCAAAGCAUCUGGCAAGGAGGCUCCAAUGUUUGGCGAGCGAGCAUUGCUCACCAAGGAGCCUCGAAUUGCAACUAUUAGCGUGACCUCUGAUGCGGCGAAGGCCCUGGUCAUGGACAAGGCCACCUUUGACAUGAUCCUCGGGCCUCUCGAGCAGCUCAACAAGCGUGGAAAGGAUGCCCCCAGCGCGGUGAAGCAGCCGGGCGCGAUUAGUGCAGGAACGUCAAAGCGUUUCGGCAACAUCGAGAGGAAGCACCUGAAGCAGCUGGGACUUCUUGGAUGUGGUGGUUUCGGAGCUGUGGAACUCGUGGAGCAUGUUUCGACUGCCGAGACGUAUGCCCUUAAGGCACUUAGCAAGGGCUACGUCGUCAAGUCCGGCAUGCAACAAAGUGUGAUGAGCGAGAAGAACGUUCAGCUUAUGUGUGAUUCGCCUUUCAUCGUCAAGCUCUUUGAGACGUACAAUGGCAGCCAGACACUGUACUUUCUGCUGGAACUGGCGCUCGGGGGUGAACUCUAUGCCACAUACAACAAGAAGGGACUCUUCGGCAAGGAGCCUCACGCCAAAUUCUACCUUGCAGGUGUUGUGCUGGCGUUUGAGCAUCUGCACAGCAAGAAGAUCGUUUUCCGCGAUUUGAAGCCUGAGAACCUGCUCCUGAACGAGCAGGGCAGGGUGAAGCUCACGGAUAUGGGCCUUGCAAAAGUGAUCAUUGGCAAGACCUACACGACGUGUGGUACGCCAGAUUACUUCGCCCCAGAGCUGAUAGCUUCCACUGGCCACACACAUGCAGUAGACUGGUGGACUUGCGGUAUUCUACUCUUCGAGCUGCUCAGCGGUCAUCCUCCGUUCGAGUCUGCCUACCCUAUGCAGAUCUAUCAGAAGGUCACCAAGGGGAUCAACAAAGUCACCUUCCCACCUAAGUGCAAAGGAGCCGCCGAAGAUCUCGUGAGGUCUCUCUGCAAGAAGGACCCAUCAGAACGGCUACCAAUGAAAAAGGGGGGUGUGGCCAACCUGAAGAAGCAUACCUUCUUCAAGGGAUUCGACUGGCAGGCCUUUGAGAAGCAGAGCAUGGAGCCGCCGUACAAGCCUCAGGUCAAGAACAAGAAGGACAUCGGCAACUUCCAUGCUCGGAAGGACGACUUGCCGCCGCAGGUGCCAUACAAG